ACUGAUGAAAAAUGGCAACAUUAAUGAUCAUAUGAUUGUUCAAUGAAAAAGCACGUCUGAUAGGCGUUGACUUGCUUCAUCUAGCCAGUUUUUUAAUUUCUGGCUCAAUAUCAGCCGUUUUACGUGUUAGUGGUGUUAAAGAAAACUAUCAGCCAUGGCGCUCAGCGAUGCAGAUGUUCAAAAACAGAUCAAGCAUAUGAUGGCCUUCAUCGAACAAGAGGCCAAUGAAAAGGCCGAAGAAAUUGAUGCAAAGGCCGAAGAAGAGUUCAAUAUUGAAAAGGGCCGUCUUGUUCAGCAACAGCGGCUUAAGAUCAUGGAAUACUAUGAGAAGAAGGAAAAACAAGUUGAACUCCAGAAAAAGAUCCAAUCUUCGAACAUGUUGAAUCAAGCUCGUCUGAAGGUGCUUAAAGUACGCGAGGAUCACGUACGCAACGUAUUAGACGAAGCACGCAAGCGCCUGGCCGAAGUUCCAACAGACACCAAGCUGUACUCCGAACUUCUUGUCACACUUAUGGUUCAAGCUCUCUUCCAGCUUGUCGAGCCUGCGGUGACAAUUCGCGUGCGACAGGCAGAUAAGGCUCUCGUGGAAUCUCUACUUGGCAAAGCUCAACAAGACUACAAGGCCAAGAUUAAGAAGGACGUGCAGCUGAAAAUCGACACAGAGAACUACCUGCCUCCCGACACCUGUGGGGGCAUUGAGCUCAUUGCUGCUAAGGGUCGCAUCAAGAUUUGCAACACCCUGGAGUCCCGCUUGGAACUCAUCGCCCAGCAACUGCUGCCUGAGAUUCGUACCGCUUUGUUCGGACGCAACCCUAACCGUAAAUUCACUGAUUAAAUAAUAUAUUGGUGACCUAUACCCACUUGUUAUAACUAACAGUUUAUUUAAAUUUUCUUAGAACUAAAAUAAUUUUACAGUAAGUGUUUCCUUUGCCUAAUUAAUUAUAUACUAUAUAAAAAUGCGUACAAUUUUAUCGCUGUUUAGAAUGUAUUCUUAAUAAUGAAACGGUUAAGUCGCCAGAAUAUGUUAAAUAUGUGUGGUCAUGUGAUUUUACUGAUACCUGGACGUAUCUUGUUUAUAUUUAUUGUUGAUGUACAUUAGUUUCGCCUAUCAAGUACAUGAGCGUUGAGGAUAAAAUUUUAUUAUAACAAUUCAUUCAUAUAGCCCAAUGUCUAUGUAUUUAGAGGAUGUAGUAUAGGAUUUCAAAACAAUGUAUUAAGAUUUAACAUUUUACUUGUAUACAUAUUCUAUACAUAGAUUUAAAAGAAGCAUCUUCCUUCCCCCCUACAUACAGUAUUAUAACAGCACAAGAUAUACUGAAUAUUUGUUCAACAUCUGUUCCAUAUUACAUGAUUUUGUGUUUAAAAUGUUAAAUUUCAGAUAAUUAUUAAAAUGCUUUUAUUUUUAUGUAAUAAUAAAGAUCUAGGAAUUAUUGAUGGCUGUAAGAUUUUGGUUUGACAGCAGCAUCCUAUGCUGUGUCGACUCAAAUCAAUGAAACUCAUCUAGAUUUGACUGGUUGCAGUGUAGUGUCAUACUGCGAUCUUGCAGUCGCCCAACACAUUCCUACUUUGUUUCGUCCUGACAAAUAUGUUUUUGGCUCGCUUUUAUAAAUAGAAAUCUAUAUCUCUAAAAUUUGCUAUGUAUGUUUCCCAUUAUGGCACUGUUAAAAUUCUUAUGUAAAUAUAUAGAUGUGUUAAAAA